AUGUCCACGGGCAGGGAUACGCACGAGGAUGCACCUACAGUGCGUCCUCCAGCGGUGACUUGUAUCCGUACCUCUUCACUCCUCAACACUGGUAGAUCGCGCAAAGUGGCUGAACGGCAUACCGAGAAAAGUCCUACGCAUAGAGCCGAGGCUUCGCGAGAGGAGGUGCCGACGGUUGGCUCCGCGAGAGAAGCAACUGCUGUUGUGAAGGCGGAGCCUACUCGGCGGGAAGAGGCGAGCACAGCAUUAGUGAAGGAGGAAUGCUUGGGGCUACGAGGAGCAGUGGUAGUGCCAAGGAGAUAUGCCGGGCGAACACGUACCGGGGCCGUUGCCACUGAGUGUAAGACGGAACGAGUUAACGACCCGGUGAGAAUCAAGACCGAGCCGGAGGUGGCAUCUCCCCCGAGUUGUGAUUCGAUCGCCACUGUGAUGGGCUCGCUGGUGGUGUCUUCAUCGACGUGUUCUGAGAGGGGGUCCACAGUCUGCACUGGUAACGAUGUAGGGGACUCACUGGAGGAGGGGAGCAGGGAGGAUGGGGGAGUAGAGGAGGAGGGCAGGCAAGGUGACAGGAGAGCAGAGGAGGGCAGGCAAGGUGACAGGAGGGUAGAGGAGGAGGGCAGGCAAGGUGACAGGAGAGCAGAGGAGGGUAGGGAAGGUGAUGGGGGAGUAGAGGAGGGUAGGGAAGGUGACAGGAGGGGAGUAGAGGAGGGCAGGGAAGGUGAUGGGGGAGUAGAGGAGGAGGGCAGGCAAGGUGAUGGGGGAGUAGAGGAGGAGGGCAGGAAGGGUGAUGGGAAAUCAGAGGACGGCAAGGAAGGGGAAGAGGAUAGAGGCGAAGAUAAUAUGGAAGUAGAGGAGGAGGGCAGGGAUGAUGGAGGAGCAGAUGAGGAUAGAGGCGAAGAUAAUAUGGAAGUAGAGGAGGAGGAGGAGGGCAGGGAUGAUGGGAGAGCAGAUGAGAAUGGAGACGAAGAUGAUAUGGAAGUAGAGGAGGAGGGCAGCGGGGUCGACAAGGUUAUACUCGAGAAGGGUGGCGGUCCUAGAGUAGGGGAGAGUGGAGUUGAUGGGAGAGUGGAUGUUGGCGCCCCACCGAACACCAAGCCGGCAUCUGGCAUCAUCAUCACCAACACGACAGAGGCUACGUCAGCUCUGUUACCGGCUGAGGGGCAUGGUCUCGAGGGGGAGAGAGCUUCUCCCACGGGUCGUCCAAGCGGGGGAGGAGUCGAAGCCGAGGCCAACGCCGACGAUCACCUUCUUCUCAUCGACAUAGUCGCCAAUGCUCUGGAAGGAGGAGAAGUUCUUCACAUCAUCAGCAUUAUAACCGUCACCACCAGCAUACGCGGCACGGCAGGUCUGAUCAUACUAGAACAGCAUCAUCGAGCAGACGCGGGUACUCGAGAUGUGAGGGGAGAAGCGGUUGAACUCGGUGGCAGUACUCAAGCUGGGGGACAGGAGAAAACUGUGGUCGGUGAUAAGAGAGAUCGUGUUAGGAUUUCGACCAGUACUGCUGCAGUCGCCAAGACUUGUGGUAAGGGGAGCGAUAGCUGGUCUCGGACUGUGGUGCUGAACCCGCGGUAUAGCCGAACUGCUGUUGGUUCGGGUACCUCAACGAUGAGUGUUGGCACUACACAGGUAUUCGAUGGGCGUCAGGGUGGAUGGUCGGGCCCGUGGUCCAAUUCGUAUGCGCCCGCCUCGGCUUGUUACUCACGUAGUGGCGGUCCCUCGAGUGUGUACUCCAGCUUUGGUCGGUAUGCAUUCACUGAGAGAAUUCCUCCUCCUCCGCCUCCCCCUCCUCUGCCCCCUCCACCAGCCCCCCCUCAGUCGACCACCCGCUGGCCGCCGCCACCACGUGGGAACUCGGGUGAGUCCUUCAACCAUGAGUUCCAGAAGGGAGUCUUGGUCGCCACUGAGGCACUGAUAUACGCCUUUCACUUCUCUCAGGCAUCUCCCCAUCUCCUCAAUACUAUCGCUCCAGUAGGAGAUAUCCGUCAAGGAAUUAGCCGUAGAUGA